CCCUGCUACUCCACUUCAUUUUUCCAAUGAGCAUCAGCUCUCGAAUCACCCGAAACAAAGUGACACCUCAUCCCUGCAGCAAGCCGCCAAGAUGGGGGAAGUAAAAACGCCCAGACGAAUGUUCUUGAUCAGCAUUGCACUUAUAUACGUGUGUGCUUUUUCAUCCAUCUACGUUCAGAUACCAGGGUUGUAUGGAGAUGAAGGUAUUGUUCCUGUACGCCUGCAGAUGCCGAAAGUGCAGCGGCCGCUGCUGGAGCAGCUGGAGGCCUCCCCGUCCCUGCUGUGGUUGGGGCCGUCUCUGGGUCUGGGGCCCCAGCAGGCCCUGGAGCUCAUCUGCCUGCUCGGACUGGUGCUGAGCCUGGGUGCUGUGCUGCUGGGACCCCUGAGAGACAGUCUGAUCUACCUCUGCCUGUGGGCCCUUUACCUCUCACUGUAUAAUGUUGGGGGAGACUUCCUCCAGUCUGAAUGGGAUAUCCUGCUGUUGGAGGCUGGGUUUCUGGCUGUGCUUGUAGCUCCGCUGGGUUUGCUGCGCUGUGGCUCCUCUCACAAGUACCACGACUCUGUGACCUUUUGGUUGACCCGCUGGCUGUUCUUCCGGCUGACCUUCUGCACAGGUGCGAGUAAGCUGGCCAGUGGCGACCCUGCGUGGUACGGCCUGUCAGCACUGAGUCAUCAUUUUGAGAGCCAGAUGAGUCCCACUCCUUUGGCCUGGUUCGUCCAUCAGCUCCCUGAUUGGCUGCUGAGAUUAGGAGCAGUGGCUGUGUUGCAGUGCGAGAUCACCAUUCCUCUUAUGAUGUUCUUUGCUCCCAUUCGCCGCUUGAGACUGUUCAGCUUUUAUGUUCAGCUGUUUCUUCAGCUCUGCCACAUCCUCACUGGUAACUGUGGCCUUCUGAACCUGCUGAGCAUCGCCCUGAGCGUCUCGUUGCUGGAUGACGAACACUUCAGCUCCAGUGCUAUUCUGAAGAAGAAGGGCCAGGAGAAAAAGUCCAAGGCCUGCGCACAGACUUUUCUCUGUGUUUUGUCUGUGCUGGUGGAGUUGGCCGUCUACAUGUUCAUCCUGAUCAGUACAGUUAUUCUCUUCAAGCUGCAGAUUAACUGGGAAAACAAAACCCUGUCAUCCAAAACCAAUUUCUCUCAAAAGGAAUUUGAUGAAUUUCUGAAGCAUUUUCAGGGCUUCACUCUCUGGGUUGGUGUGCUGUCGUUCACCUGGGAAGCGGUGGCCGCCAUGCUAAUGUGUGUGUGCACACGAGGCUUGGUCAGCAAGGUGUGGUCCCUCAUCCAGUGGGCCGUCAUCACGGCGGCUGCUGUGGCCGUCUUUGCCCUCAGUGUGGUUCCAUACACAGCCAUGACUGGCAUACCAGUGAUAUCUGAAGUGCGGGACGCGUACAGCGCCGUAGAGAGGUUCCAGCUGGUCGGGGCAUACGGGAUCCAGCACAGAAUAAUCUCCACUGAGGGCAGGCCUGAGAUCAUUUUAGAGGGAAGCUAUGAUGGCCUGACAUGGACGGAGAUGAACCCCAUGUAUAAACCAGGAAAUGUGAACACCGCCCCACCCAUAGUAGGACCUUACCAGCCCCGGCUGGAGUGUCUGAUGUGGCAGGCGGCUCAAGAGGGGAGCGAUCAAAGCCCCUGGUUUACAGGCCUCGUACAGCGCCUCCUACAGGGCAAACCAGAGGUGGUUAGUCUACUUCAGGUGGAUGAAGCGCAGUACCCCUUCAGUCAGAAACCACCAGCCCUAGUCAAAGCCAAGCUUUACAACUACCACUUCACAGACCCUGCCAAAGACAAGACCCAUCUGCAGGCUUGGUGGAGGCGGAAGUACAACGAGGAGUUUUUUCCCAUUGUGACCCUUGAUGAUCUGACGCUUGAGAAACUGCUAGAUGAGUCUGGACUAAAGGAGAAAUUCCCAAAUCAGCCCAGCUCAGACACACCUGUAUGCCAAAUCCUGAGCCAGAUUCGGGGCCACGUCAAAGGCCUCUCGGGGUCCCUGGUGCUUUCAACACUGUUAGCUACUUUGGUCGGCAUUUUCCUCGUCAAAGCCGUCUUUUCCUGGGCUUCAGGAGGCAAAAAACCCAGACCAGCUUCAGCUGAUCACAAAACUAAGAAAGCCAAAGAGCCCUCUGAGACCGCGGAGAAAAGCCACGCGGCUUCUCUGUCCACCCGGGGCGGCAAAAAGGACUCUGAAGAAAGAAAGGUGGAUUCAGAAAAGAGCCCCCGGAAGAGGAAAUGAGCUCUUGCUGUCACUUUGUGCCUUUGUUUGGCCAGAUGCAAUGACAAAUGAAUCUUUCUCAGGUGUACUUUUUUUUUUUUUUUUUUUUUUUUUUUUUUUUUUUGAGUCUUUUGAUUUCCUUCCUGUCACACACCUCAGAUUUGUGUUUACCACUACACCAUUUUAUCUCUUUGUGUCAAAACCACUCAAAUGUCAAAUGCACAGUAUGCAUGGUACUUGGUGUAAUUGGCUUUGAACAUAAACCAAGUCCAUUUUUAAGCCGUCACCUACGCCCUUCUUUAUACACCGUGGACGUCCCAAAGAUUACAACAAAAGCACAAUGCAACUUUUUCAUGCUAUGUAACUCAUUAAAUGGUUGUUAAUAAAUAUUGUUCUUUA